AUGGAGGUCACAUCGACUGAAGCAAGGCUUCCAGUCCAACGUCGUCCAACCCAGCCCCCAAAACACGUUGGCGACAACAUUCUUCCCAACUUCCCUGUCUUCAAUCGUCUCUUAUAUCUUGCAGGUAACCGCACUUCCCUCGCAAUCAACGAUGUUACGUACGGACACAAAGCAACCUACGGUCAACUUUUGUCUGAUGUACUUCAUCUGCGCAAUGCAAUCUUCCGAAGCCUAGACGUCAGCUGCAAGUCUAGCCUGCUUCGAGGAGAAAAAGUCUCCAUAAACCUGCUUGCACCCGGAGGCUACGAGUUUGCUACAGCCUUCUUAGCAACGGUGGGACUGGGUGCAGUUCUUGUGCCAAUAUCCCCAUUAGAGGAAGCCCUCUACUUCGCAGACACCUGCCAAUCGGUCGCGAUUCUUUGUGCCUCGAGAUAUGCCGACUUCGGACAAAGCCUAGCCAAGAAAGUCCAUGCAACCCGCAAUCCCAACUUCAUCUCAAUGAGCAUCCGGCCAGAGAUCUGCAAACUGCUGAUUCCCCAUACCGACAUUGUCGUCUCUUCCGAUCACUACCUUGACUACAGCGGGCCUGGACUAACCAUUUUCACGUCGGGCACGAGCGGUCCUCCCAAAUGUGCCGUGAAGCGACGCUCAUUCAUUGACAUGAAGGCGAAGGCAAUUGCCGAUUGGUACGGUCUACAAGAGACAGACGUCGUUCUGCACACUCUACCCGUGCAUCACGCAACAGGAAUCGGGAUUACCUUCAUGCCAUUCUGUCAUGAAGCUUCCCCGCCGAACAUUCCGGAGUCGCCAAGACCAUUGCUUGGCGCUUGCAUCCCGCCACGCAGUAGUGAUCGCGACUUCUAG